AUGAGUGACAGGCUUUUGAGCAACUUAGACAGACUUCUGCUCAAGUUUGUUUUCCAGCUAGAACAAACUUCUUAUGCUAAGGAACAUGUGAAUCAACAGAUAAAUUUAUAUACUGCAAAAAUCACAGAAAAAAAGAAUGAAAUCGCUAGGCUGCAGGAAAAUAUAAACAACAGCAAUGAUGCAAUUGCUGAUUUGCACAAGCAAACCGAAAGUAGUAAAGAGAGCUAUAAAGCCUGGAAGCCCACCUAUGCAAUUCUUACCCAGCAUGAAGAAUAUUUGAAAAGUGAACUUGAAGCUUUACAAGAAGCUACAGAAAAUGAGAGGAAAAUGUAUGAGGAUUACAUAACCCAGUAUAAAGAGAUUUUAAAGCAACAGCGUCAAAAAUAUGCAGAAACUGCUCUUGCACAGAAGUAUUACCAAAAAAAGAAAGAACUUGAAGAAAUCCAAAACAGAGUCUUGAAACAGUCUGCGAAAUAUAAAUUAAAAGAAGACACUUGCUUGGAUGUUCUGGAGCCUGUUCCUUUUAAAUCCGUAAAUGACUGGGCUUUACAGAUUGCUUCUUCGAGGCGAAAGACACAGGAAAUGUUAAAGCUUGCUGCAGUUGCUACACAAGAAUCCAUUGAACUACAAAAAGAAGCUGAGGAAUUAGAAAGGAAGAUCAAUUAUUUAAAAAAGGUAAGUACAUUUGUAAAGGCUACAGAAGAUCAAAAUAAUUCCAAAAUGGUUGAAGGAAAAAAUCAGAAAAGUCUAGAGAAGCCAGAGAAGCUUAAAGAAAGGAUGUUUGAAGACAGGGAACAUCCAUCUUUGCUGAAUGAGAAACAUCAACUGUAUAAACCAUUACAUGUCGCAUGCAUUCCUCGGAAACUAGUGCAGUCUGUGCAGAGCAUUAGAUUCUCAAUGCAGCGAACAGAAAGAGGGAGAGAAGAAAAAGAAAAACCUAUGGGACUUCCAGUGGCCAUUAGCAGUUCCUCCAGCCUUGCAGAAAAUUCAUCACAGAUGGUUACUGACACUGCAGGCACUAAUAACCCACAAAUUGCCCAAGUUCCAGCAAUAGCAAGCUCACAAAACCAAAUGCAAUUCAGGCUGGUAAUUCCUCCAAAGCAGAUGACUUCCAAUCAACAGUUGGAGAGUGAAAAUGCAGUAAUAGCAAACCAAGAGGCCAAAUGUGAUGAAGAAGCAGAAGAUGAACCAAAGGAUUAUUCUUAUAUACCUCAAGACAUAAACACAAAUUUUAAGUCAAAUGAAGAUAAUCCUGACACAGCAGAAGAAAGUUCACAACAUUUUUUAGGAGCACCUGGAACACCUGAGUUUGUUGGAACGCCUGACUCAAAGGGGAAGAAAACCCAGUUCUCUAAACUACCUUCGUUUGACUUCAUUCACAAUUUAGGUUCUGAAGAAGGAACACCAAAAUCUCCUGCCUUCUUUUCUCUCAUGAACUUUACCCAGAAGUCACCUGGCUUUAAUUUAUUUGGUUCUUCUGUGUUUGGGGCAGAAAAUUCAUCUGAUGAGACAGAGGAAGGUUAUUCUGUGGGAAACUUGAACCUUCUGUCCCCACAAAAAGAUAUUGGAAGCUUGUUUGGGAAAUCAGAAAGUGAGGAGGCAUUUGCCUUCCCCUUCCCCUCAGAAUCAACUUCUCAUGUGUUUGGAGAUGGAAAAGAUGACUUCAGUUUUCCAUUUGCAUUUGGACAGGAUCAGAGAUCAUCACAGUCUCCUCCUGUGAAAGGUUUUCAUUCUUCCUUACAAAAUACAAAGCCAUUUACAUUCUUCUGAAUACCUUUGACUUCCUUUUAAAUUCUUUUCCUACUUAGCCUUGACAAAUGUUUUCAGUUUCUAAAGUUAAAGUACAAAGCAUUUCAUCUUCCCCUUUCAUUUCAUGCAAGACUACAUUAUUCCAAUUGCUGCAAAAGCAUGUGUAUGUUCAUCAAGCACACAUGCUUUGAGAUGCAGCUUUUAUUUUUCUUAUUUCGUAAAUAUGUUGUUUUCAUAAAAUGUUAAGAUA